AUGAUCAAUCAUGGUGUGCUCCCUUGCCUUUUGAGCUUAUUGACACACAUUCAUAAAAAAAGCAUCAAGAAAGAAGUUUGUUGGACUAUAUCAAACAUUACAGCUGGAACUCAGGAACAAAUACAGGCUGUUAUUGAAGCUGGUCUUAUUGCUCCACUUGUUAGUCUUCUUCAAAAUGCAGAGUUUGAGAUUAAAAAAGAAGCUGCUUGGGCAAUAUCAAAUGCCACAUCUGGUGGAAUUAAUGAGCAGAUCAAGUAUUUGGUGGGUCAGGGUUGCAUAAAACCACUAUGUGAUCUGCUUGUUUGCCCCGAUCCAAGAAUCGUCACUAUCUGUUUAGAGAGCCUAGAGAAUAUUCUGAAUGUUGGAGAAGCAGAGAAGAGGUUGGGUAACUCUGUAGAUUCCAACUUGUAUGCCGAGAUGAUAGAGGAUUCAGAGGGAUUGGAGAAGAUUGAAAACCUGCAGAAUCAUGACAACACUGGAAUAUAUGAGAUGGCUGUUAAACUUCUUGAAACAUUCUGGUUGGAAGAAGAUGAGAAUGAGAUGAUACUACCUUCUGGCGAUGAUCAAUCUGGUUUCAUGGCUUCAGUCCCAUCUGGUGGAUUUAACUUCAACUGA